AUGUUCAUGGUUGAUAACCUCUUAGCUCCAAACCCGACGUUUCCGGACCGGAGAGAGCAGGAAGCAGCACAGAAGGAGAAGGAAAAGCAGGACAGGGAACGUAUCGAACGAGAAAGGCAGGAGAAGCAGCGUGCGGCCGAACAAGCCGUCCAUAAGCACUUCGAGGAGUCCUUGAGGCUAGCUCAGCAAAAGAACCGAAGUAGUAUGUGCUGGAUCAACAAUUUACCAGGUCCACGUACAGAUGACAAACCUCAACACCAACAAACCCAGCAGCAGCAGCAACAGCAAGCCCAGGCUCAAGCUCAGGCCCAAGCCCAAGCACAAGCUCAAGCUCAAGCGCAGGCACAGGCCCAAGCCCAGGCUCAAGCUCAGGCUCAAGCCCAGGCUCAGCAGCAACAGCAGCAGGACCAGGCUAGGAUGCUGGAGCGCAUGCGGGAGAGGGAGAGGAGUUAUCACCCGCAGAGAUAUUUCAAGGUGGAUUAUCCUCCACCCCCUGCGCAUAGCAAAGUGAAACAACAGCCAGAAAAGCCGCAGGCAUUGCCCAAGGCUGAACCUAACUUCAGCAUAUUUGGUGGUUGUUAUCCUGCCUACCAACAGUCAUUGACUUUUCUUCACCAUGAAAAGAAGCCUGAAAACAAGCCAUCAUUAGUAGUAACCAAAGCAGUAGAAGAUUCUGUCAAGAAUACUGUGAUCGUUAAAAAUGAUAAGUCACCUGGGCUUCAGCCACCAAGUCCCAAAUUGAGGGAGUACUUACCAUCUAAGUCUCCAUACGAGUACAGGUCACCAUCACAGUCCCCUCAUACUGGCCCUUAUGAAGUUCAAAACCUAGCCAGUAUAUCGAAAGUUCAUGUACAUCGACCUCAACAUUUGUCUCCACAUCAGAGGCAAUCUCCUCAUAGUCACCAUAGGCAGUCUCCACACCAUAGGCAGUCUCCUCACCACCCACCUUCACCUCAUUUGCAUCCUUCUCCUCCCGGCAUGAGCUAUACAAAGUCUGCUACUGUCGGAUCUUACCCUUAUCCUGCCCCAGUUAUGUACGCUGCACCACCAACUACCCCUCCUAAACCUAAAGUUAGCAGUCCAUCUCCACAGAUAUAUGGUAAGAGUAGACCAUUGAGCAGGAGUGCUGAGGUUCCUAAACCCCUGACACCAUCUCCUUAUCAGCAGGUCUCCCAGCAUAACCUGCCACCUCCAGCUCAGAUGGCUAGUACUGGUGGUCUUCCACCUCCGCCAGCAGCACAUGGAGUCACCAAGGGUUAUGGCUUAGCUGUUAAGCAGCAGCCUCCAGCUUCUCCACCAGGCCCAGGUCUGGCAAUUACGCCAGCCUUUCAAACACAGCCUCUUGAUUUAGGUGUUGCCAGGGAAUCAAGUAGUCCUAAACGUAAGUCUGAAAGCCCUCAGCCAGAAGCAAAGAAAAUCAAGACUGAAGAAGAACCUGUAAUUAAUAGGACUAGUGAAUCCAGCCCACUUCCUACAAUAACUACCAUAACUCCCUCACCACAGGGUAGAGAAUCUCCAAGACCUGUUCAUAAAUUAAAGAAAGCUUGGUUGCAGAGACAUUCUGGUGAAGAUACUAACACUACUGAAGAUGUCAAAGGUGGAGGAGUGUGUGUAACACUGCCAAUGCCUGUCACAUCGACUGCUGUUGUUCAACCAUCAGUAUCACUCCAUAGUAUAGGAAGUAUGGCAGUCAAUUCGAUAAAAAAACCUAAACAGAGUAGGAAACCAAAGGAACUCAAUGGACAUGUUCCUAGCAAAAGUCCUGAGGCAGAUGAUUCAUCGUCUUCUGAUCCAGAAAGAAAAGCAACUCCUCAAAAACGUGUUCCUCCAAAAGUGAAAAGGAAGAAGGGGGGUAGAAAAAGUGUGCCUGAAGAGACUAAACGGAAAAAAACUAGUGUAUCAAGUACUGAUAGUGAAAAAGAAAGCGGUAGUGAUAAAGAAUCUGAUACAAAUAGUACUGUGGGAAGUAAGAAGAAAGAAGAAAAGAAGUUAGAAUCAACCGUCAUCGGUAAGAAAAGGGGGAGGCGACCUAAAUCUACGCCGUCAAAAAACGGAAAUGAGGAUGAGUCGCGGAAGUCUAAAGGUUCUUCUGAAGUUGAAUCUUUAGUAGCUCCACAACGCGACUACAUCCAGAAACCUAGCGUGGGGCAAUUAAAGAAAACAGGAGAGAGUUUUUUGCAAGAUGGACCAUGUUUUGAAGUUGCACCUAAGUUAGCCAAGUGCCGUGAAUGUAGGUGGACGCCUAAUCAGAGGAAUAGGAAUAUGCCUAACAUUUUCUGCCGGUUUUAUGCAUUUAGAAGAUUAAGGUAUACGAAAAAUGGACAACUUGCGAUUGCCGGUUUCUCAGAUCCUCACAGGGAUGCUUUGCCAGAAGACUUAAAACUUUGGCUGCCUGGCUCAGCACCUGCAGGUCUUGACAUAGAUAUGUCGCGGUUUCUAUUAGCUCAAUUGGGAGACCAGUUCUGUGACCUUCUUCAACAAGAAAAAGAAGCAAUAUCAAUUCACAUGGCUGAAGAUAAGACAAUAGCUUGGAAACGAGUAGUCCAAGGAGUUCGAGAAAUGUGUGAUGUUUGUGAAACAACCCUAUUUAACUUCCAUUGGGCCUGUGGGAAGUGUGGUUUUGUCGUCUGCAUUGACUGUUACAAGGGCAGGAAAACUGGUGCGUUAAAGACAUGGGGAGAACCAGGACGUGACCGUGACGACGUUUCAUGGCUGCUGUGUACAAACAGGCAAGCCCAUGAACAGGAGAAACUGAUGCUCACUCAAAUCAUUGCGGGAGAUUCCUUAGCACAAAUCGGAAGGAGAAUACAUGAUGCCAGGCAUUCAUGGGGGAUUCCGCAACGCUGUGCAUGCUCCGAAUCGUCACUCAAUGGCCUGGUUAAGAAAUGUAAAGAACUAAAUGGUACCAGUGAUAAGAAAAAUGAUGAAAGUAAUUCUCCUCUUUCAUGGUUAGCAGAUGUAGCGCUAUCAGAGGACAAAAAAUCAGGUUCAUGUGAGGAUGUCAGUUCUCUGAAAGAUGAUGAAGAUAAGGAGGCAUAUUCCACUCUGCGUGAACUCCUUAUUAGGCCGAGUAGUAAAAGCAAUGGUUCUAGGUCUAAUUCUCCCGUUACAAGGCUUCCUGGAAAAAGGCCACCACAUCUUGAAACAUUAGAUCAGGUCAUCAGUACUGUGAUUGAGGCGUCCGUCCCUACAGCGAAAGAUGAAUUGCAAGGAGGGGAAUUGAAACAUUUCAUUCGGCGUUUCAAGAAUAUAGCUGCAAAGGAAACAUUACCAGCAAGGGUCAUGACACUGACUGAAAGUAAACUUCUGUAUCCUGGAGUACCUCAUUCUUGGUUGUGCGAUGGCAGAUUGUUGAGGUUACACGAUUCAAAAUCGUCUGACAACUUCGUCGCUUUCCAGGACCAGUGGAAAAGAGGACAACCAGUAUUAAUAUCAGACAUGAGUAAAGAACUUGAUGAAGAAUUGUGGACACCAGAAUCAUUUUUAAGGGAUUUCGGUGACACUAAAAAUGACCUCAUUGACUGUAGUUCAGGUAACACUGUUUCCUCUCAGCCAAUGAGGAAGUUCUGGGAAGGUUUCGGUUCCAUCUCUAAAAGAUUAAAGGAUGACAAGGGACAACCUAUGAUACUCAAACUCAAAGACUGGCCACCUGGAGAGGAUUUCGCUGAAAUGCUUCCAUCUAGGUUUAGUGAUUUAAUGAAAGUUUUGCCAAUGGGAGAUUACACCCAGCGAGGAGGCAGGUUGAAUCUUGCAUCUCGCCUUCCGGAGUGUUUUGUUAGACCGGACCUUGGCCCAAAGAUGUAUACAGCAUAUGGUUCACCGACUGCUGGCACUACCAACCUCCAUCUUGACAUAUCUGAUGCGGUUAAUGUCAUGGUGUACGUUGGGAUCCCAUCAGAUGUUGACACAGAUGCUUAUUCCAAAGAUGCAUUAAAAGCAAUCGACGAGGCAGGCUGUGAUGUGAUAACGAAGCGACGCGUGAGGGAGAAGGGCCAACUGCCUGGUGCCCUCUGGCAUAUCUACAUGGCGAGGGAUGCUGAUAAGAUCAGGGACCUUCUUAAUAAGGUUGCUUUAGAAAAAGGUGCACGUCUCGAACCUCACCAUGACCCCAUCCAUGAUCAGUCCUGGUACCUGGAUGGUGAGCUGAGGGACAGGUUGUAUAGGGAAUAUGGUGUCGAGGGUUAUACCAUAGUCCAGUGUCUUGGCGAUGCUGUGUUUAUUCCUGCUGGUGCGCCUCAUCAGGUUAGGAAUUUACACAACUGCAUAAAGGUUGCCGAAGAUUUUGUUUCACCUGAAAAUGUGUCGCAUUGUUUUCACCUCACACAGGAGUUCCGAGAGUUAUCUGACACUCAUACGAACCACGAGGACAAACUGCAGAUCAAAAACAUCAUGUACCAUGCAGUGAAAGACUCUUUGGCUGUUCUGGCAGCGGCUGAAAGCCAGCAACAAGAUCAGUCGAGUGAUCAAGAAGUGAAGAAAGAACCAGAGGACAACAUGUCCAACGGACAGCAGUCAGCCACGUAG